AUGAGGACACAGAACAAGACACAAAUUUCGGCAUUUCUUCUGGGAAUUUCAGAGGACCAUAGAUUACAACCUGUUCUCUUUGGGCUGUUCCUCUCCAUAUACUUGGUCACAGUGCUAGGGAACCUGCUCAUCAUCCUGGCUAUUAUCUCACAUACUCACCUGCAUACACCUAUGUACUUCUUCCUUUCCAAUCUGUCCUUUGUGGACAUCUGUUUCACCUCCACCACUGUACCAAAGAUGCUGGUGAACAUACACUCUCAAAACAAUACCAUAACAUAUAAAGGCUGUAUCACCCAAAUGAAUUUUUUUUUAAUCUUUUCGGUGGUAGACAUAUUUCUGCUGACUGUGAUGGCCUAUGAUCGCUUUGUGGCCAUCUGUCAACCCCUGCAUUACAUGGUCAUUAUGAAUCCCCGGUUCUGCGGAUUGCUGAUUUUGGUGUCCUGGACUGUGAGCAUCCUGCAUGCCUUGGUGCAAAGCUUAAUGGUGUUGUGGCUGGUCUUUUGCAUAGACUUGGAAAUCCCACAUUUUUUCUGUGAACUUAAUCAGGUAGUCCACUGUGCCUGUUCAGACACUUUUCCUAAUGAUAUAGUGAUAUACCUUGCAACUGUCCUAAUUGCCUGCUGUCCCUUUGCUGCCAUCCUAUACUCUUACUCCAAGAUAGUUUCCUCCAUAUGUGCAAUCUCUUCAGCUCAGGGGAGAUAUAAAGCAUUUUCCACCUGUGUCUCUCACCUCUCAGUUGUAUCCUUAUUUUAUGGCACAAGCCUAGGUGUGUACCUUAGUUCUGCUGUCACUGAAAACUCUCACUCAGUUGCAACAGCCUCAGUGAUGUACAGUGUGGUCACACCCAUGCUGAACCCCUUCAUCUACAGUCUGCGGAAUAAAGACAUUAAGAGCUCCCUGAAAAGACUCUUCAGAAGGGUAACUGAAAAUGUGCCCAUUGUCCUGAGACUGAAUAAAAGCCCAUGA